AAUCAAGCGUGGCUAUUUCGCGUGGGCGGAGACACUCGCAUUAUGUGGUGCGCUUAGUCAAGGUAUGCCUUCGCGUCUAUGGCCCGUAAAAGUCUGCUGGCGUAGUUCUUUCUAGCUGCGUUUUCCUGGUUCUCGGUCAAGGGAUUGCAGGUCGGAAAGAGGCAAAGAGAGAGCAGCGGUUGACAGGCUGUGGACGUGCCUGGACCAGUCAGGAUGGGACUCCCAUCCGCUUUACCCUACCCCCUGCUGGUUGGGACACUUUUAUUGACUUUACAUCAUUUCUCGGUCCAAGUGGCGGCAUUUGAGCUGGUCACCAUUGAUACUCUGGACUCUGUGGGAUUACGGGACAACCCAUCGGGAAAUGGGGCAACUGUCACCACAGGACCGGAGGGCGCCGACGACGCAUACAUACUGUCCAGAUCCCUGACGGGAGAUGCAAACUCUGACGCCUGGGCAACAGUCUUUUCCCACUUUCCCCGGGAGUUUUCUCUCGGGCUAAGUUAUAGGAAGGAGACGGUUACCACCACGAAUCUCUUCAGUCUGUUUGACGGGUUGACUUUGCUCCUGACUGUCGAUGUGGUGAGAACAGACGAUCGAACUGACCUGGUGGUUUUACUGCCAGGAGGAGAGACGGUCACAGAACCAAUUGUGGUGAACGACGAGGGGUUCCACUCAAUUAUUCUCAAGUUGGAAGGAGAUUUCCUCUCUGUUUACGUCAACUGUUCCUUGGACUCGUUUCUGAAGCUGCGCUCUACUCCGGACAACAUCACUGCCACUUCCACCACUGACUUCUCUCUGUUUGACGCUGGAUAUGUGGUGCAUUCAGCAGUGGUAUCAAAUGACAGAAAUGCCGUUACCGAGUUCUGUCCACAUGUUCUCCCGGGCAUAACUGGGCCUGCUGGAGCUCAAGGUCGGCCUGGGCAGAAAGGAGAGUCUGGUAAAAAUGGAACCGACGGCCGUGUGGGACCUCCAGGACCAAAGGGUGAUGUUGGACCAGUAGGACCGAACGGAGAAGGUGGCGAGAAAGGAAUGAUUGGAGACACAGGUCCUUCUGGGGACCCUGGAGAAGAAGGCAGAAAAGGUGUUCCUGGAGAUCUU